AUAUUAUUUAUUUAAAAAUUUUGUUUCGCCCCAUGGUCCGUUCCAUCUUAAAUCUCCGGUGUGCAGUGCCGGCGCCGACCCAGCGAACUGGGCAGUAGCCCAGGGCAUCAAAAAGAUAAGGGCAUCAUUUUAGCCAAGUUGUCCAUUCGAUCGGUUUCGACGGUAAGGCGGUAACUUCAAUCGAUGCAGGGAGGCAAAGCGCGAGAAUUGAAAUGUUUUGAUUGUACUCAACGCCUAGUCUCCUAGAAUAACGAAGCGUAUACUAGGAGUCGAAUCUCUCCUGUCAAUUUCUUUCUCAAAUCACACGAUUUGUGUAUAUACCCUCGUCACUCUUUCAAUCGAUUUAUAAAUACCCUCUCACCCUCUAUCCCGAUUUGACGAUUUCUUCUGUUUACUUGAAUAUCUAAUUCUGAAAAGUGAAGACUAAUUCUGUUUACUUGUGUACACUUCAGCCGUUCAGAGGGUUGUGGCUUUGUGCGAUGUUGAGAGAUAGAGGAAGAAGCAAAUUUUGUCGAGGUUUUUAUACGCUGUCUCACCUCACCUGACUUCCAACGCUCGGCUUAGUUGCAGUGAAUGUCUGACCCGGUCUUUCUCUUCGUCAAUGGUGUCGCCUCACCUACCUCCGCUCUUCCAGUGACAACCUUGCUUGAAUCCCAUCCAGGUGCUUACACUACCUUCAGAACUCAUAACAAUGGCUUAGAAUUUCACUUCUGGGAAAGGCAUUUGCGCAGGCUUUCUACUUCCACAAGCAUUCUCUUCAAUUCAUGUCCAAACCUUCUAUUCUGUCCAGGAAUAAAUUUGACCCCCGUAUCCCUGCAACAGAUGAAAUCCCUGGAAUGGGAUUCACUGAUUCCGUCUUUAGUUAAUAAUUCAAUGACAAAAGCAAUACCUGUUGCAUUGAAAGAGAGGAAACCUGGAACAGAAUUGGCAUUCACUGCUCUUGUGAGUGGAAACUUGGAGAAAUUGAUUUCAAACGAGAAGAUAGAUGGCGCUCAUCUAGCUCUUGUUGGCCAUGGAAGAGAUACUGCAAAUGCGAAGUACUCAGAUUGGGUCAGGAUGAGGAAACCGUUGGAGAAGUUGAGGCCUCCAUCUGCUACUGAGCUCUUGCUUUCAAAUGAUGGAGAUCACAUUCUUGAAGGCUGUUUAACAAAUUUUUUUGUUAUCUGUCGUAAGGAUAAUGUAAAAGAUGACAGUAGAAAUACAGAGGAGGAAGGGCUGAAAAGUAAAUAUGGUUUUUCAGUUGAAUUACAGACAGCUCCAAAAAGUGAUGGUGUCCUUCCGGGAGUAGUACGGGAAGUGAUCAUCAAGGUAUGUUUGGGAAUUGGAAUCCCGAUACGUGAAGUUGCUCCAUCAUGGUCCAAACGCCACUUGUGGGAAGAAGCAUUUAUUACAAAUAGCUUGAGGGUUCUGCAGCAUGUGGAAACAAUUCGAGUUCCAAGUUCAUGGAACUCACUGAGUUCUAAAACGUGGAAAGAUGUAAUGUGGGAAGAGAAACUAUUUCAGGGGUGUCCUGGAAGCAUAACUGCAGUGAUCCAGGAGGAGGUGAUGAAGAGAGCAAAGGUUGAAGGCCACCCAGUCGCAUCAUUUAUCAAGUAA